UGAGCCCCUCUGACAGAAUGACAAUAUCUAUUACUUUGUGUCCAACAGCGUAGGAAGAGGGGAUUAGGGCGACUAGAGAGACUGGAAAAGAGACCUGAGGACAGCGGGAACAGAGGAGAAAAAAAUUGAGAAAUGAGCUGUAAUGAGCUAUAGCUCAGGGAGAAGAGGAUACAUGAUGAGGAGAGAGAGGGACAGGAGCUGAGCUCAGGAGGAGAAAUAGCAAAAGGAGCAGGAAGAAAAGGGCAAUGCCGGACCCACAUCCGGGGAUACUCAAAGUGUUUCCAUGAAGCCCACCGACCAUGAUGGUGCACCCCCUGUCGCUGAUGGAGAGCACACUCUUCAGUCUGCUGCCAUCAAGACAUCCCAGCAACAUGAGACCUGCUCCUUGCCAGAUAUAUCCAUUGCACACAUAUUACAUGAAAAACCUUCUUUUCUUCAGUUCCCACGAGUAACCCAUUUUCUGCCCCAGCCGCUCAAGCCAUCAGGGGAAUCACACCCGUCCUUGCCUACUCAUGAUUCAGACCUACCUCAGGUGAUCCACAGCACACCCUGCCCUCAGCAAUUAGAGCCUAAAGAGGAGUGUCAGCUAUCCUCUUCAAGACACACGUCUCAGGAUGCCCAGUUUGUUGAUCAGACCAACCUGUCUGACAUGGCUCCACCUCCUCAGUCUGUUCUAACUAGAGCGGGGGUCUUGCCUGAGGAAUGUGUUGUCAACACCUCGCUACCUGAAAACUCCACACACACAGGGCUUGAAGCCCCACAGUCCAAGUUAUUAGCACCCUAUUCCUCAUGCCUGAUCCUUCUAACAGUCCUCUUAAUCUUCUUCAUAGCUCUGCCUAUCUGCUGCAUCUUCCUAGUGGAGUACCUGUGUUUCCCAGCCCUGCUCAAUGGCUACAGUGGCAACUGGAGCUGCACUGCAUCUGCAAUCCUUUCCGUCCAAGCCAAGCAGCCCAUCAACCAGACAGGGAACUUCAGCGCAGUCAACCUUUCUCAGCUGAAAUGCCCUGGGAUCACUGCUGAGCGAUGGGGGCGAAUUGUAGGCGGCAACAUGGCCCCGGAGGGAAAGUGGGGGUGGCAGAGCAGCCUCCGUUGGAGGGGACGGCACAUAUGUGGAGGAGCGAUUGUCAGCCAGCGAUGGAUUGUCACAGCAGCACAUUGCUUUACUCGCUACAACAUGAUGCAGCCCAGUGACUGGAAGGUUGUUGUUGGCACGGUCAAGGUGUUCGAGAGCUCACUUGAGAAGGAAUACAGUGCAUUGCAAAUACACUGGCACCCACAAUAUUCAACAGAGAGCAACGACUAUGACUUGGGGCUAGUCCACACUGCCAGUGAGAUCCAACUGAGUGACAGCGUGCGACCAGUGUGUUUGCCAAGCCCAAGGGCAUCCUUCCCUCCAGGUUCUCAGUGCUGGGUGACAGGCUGGGGCUACACAGAAGAGGGUGGGACCCUGUCGGCCAUGCUGCGUCAAGCCCCUGUCCAGGUGAUAAGUGAGCUGCUCUGCUCCCAGCCCUUCGUCUAUGGCUCCACGCUCACUGCCAGGAUGAUGUGUGCUGGUAACAUGGAUGGAGGUGUGGACUCCUGUCAGGGGGACAGUGGGGGUCCCUUGAUAUGUAAAACAGCUGAGGGGGACUGGAGACUGGCAGGGGUGGUGAGCUGGGGAGAAGGAUGUGGGCGACCCAACAAGCCAGGAGUGUACACUAGAGUCACGCAGCUGCUCAACUGGCUCCAGCACUACACAGAGGUAAUUCACUCUGCUUUAUUACUUUGAUAACACUGCAACUGUACAAAGUUCAACUCUGAAGCUCCCUAGAACAGUAAAUUGUUGUG